AUGGGCAAUUGUUGUAAAUAAAGUGGCUCAAAGAAUUUCUCUUCAUCAAUUCAACUCAAUGACAUCUUAUAAAGAAAAUCUCUACUUCUUGAGUAAUUAGAGGUAUUUUGAAUAUUUAAGUAUCAGCAACUCUAAAAUCCAGUUUAUAAUUAGAGUUCUUUAAAGAUAAAGAUGACUACUUGGAUUAAAGAUUCUCAUGAUCUUUUUGAUUAUGAAAACACAAAUCGUAUAACUUAAUCUCUAACUAUUAACUCUUCUAUUAAAUUGUAUAGAGAUAAGACGAGUGGAAAAAUUCAAUAAAAUCAAUUAGGGAAAACUUUAAUUAGAAUAGAAAAUAAAUAAAAUUGUUUUUGGAUUGAACCUAGAGUAAUUAUUUUUGAAAUAAAUUUAUAUUAGCAAACAAAAAAUGAGGAUGAAGAUGUUUGGUUAGUAAUUAAAUCAAUUUAAUAAAGAGAUGGUGGUGGUUUGAAACUAUAAUGUAAUGAUGUAAUAAGAGUUGGAAAAGUUGAAAUAAAAUUGAAAGAAUUAAAUUUUGAUAAAGGAGAGAAAAAAUAAGAUGAAAGAGAAACAAUUUUAAGUUAAAGUAUAGAUGAACUACGUUGUAGAAUAUGUCUAUUAGGUUCUGAAAGUGUAGAUGACCCUAAGAUUGAACCAUGUAAUUGUUCUGGAACAAUGGCUUUGAUUCAUUUAAAGUGUCUAUAACAUUGGAUAGUGACAAAAUAUAAUAUGGAAAGUUGCAAUUCUAUUAUAUUUUUGUGGGAUUAGAUGAAAUGUGAAUUAUGUCGUAGUAAUUUUAAAAGAAAAUUGCAACUUAAUGGUUAAAUAGUAGAUUUAGUGGAACUAAGUAAGAGAUAGUUUUAGAAUUAUGCAAUAUUGGAAAUGAAAAAACCAUUAAUAAAAUCUAAAGAAAGAUUGACUUAUAUUUUAAAUUUGGAAAAAGUAGAAUAGUUUAAGAUUGGUAGAGCAAAUGAUAACCAUAUUAGAUUAUGUGAUAUUAGUGUAAGUAGAUUCCAUUGUAAAUUAAUAUUGGUAAAGAUUAGUGUAUAUUAUUUAAGCAUAAUAAUUAAUUUUAUAUAGAAGAUAAUAAUUCUAAAUUUGGAAGUCUAUUAAAGUUAAGGAAAUCGAUGCCACUUUUGAGAGAGUUUUCAAAUAUAUAAAUUUAAGUUGGACGAACGUUGUUUGAAUUCGAGAACGUAAGCAACGGUUGA